GAAAAAAGUGGGAAUAAAUUCCAUUUUUCACUCUCACCCAUUCACUUCCUCCAUCUUUAGGGUUCACUCCCAUCUUCUCUCCUCUCUACUUCACUACAUUCCUUCUUUUUCUUUCCCUUCGCUUCACCAGAGAAGAGAGGAAGGAUGUCGAGUAGGAACACCCAUUGGUGUUACAGAUGUGAGCAGCCAGUUCAACUCCGUGGGCGGGACAUGGUUUGCGCUAGCUGUAAUGGAGGAUUUGUUCAAGAACUCGAUGAAAUGAUGGAAAGAGGUCCCCUUGAUUUCUUUGGAGCCAAUGGUCAUGAAUACCACAAUCGGAGGCUUGGACUCCUGGAGCUUUUCUCAAACUUUAUGAGGCAACGGUUGAUAGACAGAAAUGAUAUGAGGGGAAGGUUGGAAUCUAUUCCAGAUCAUGGUUCAGGAUUUGGUCCUUGGUUGAUCUUUGGUGGCCAAAUUCCUGUUAGGUUGUCUGGACAUGGUGGGUUUGAAGCCUUUUUUAAUGGGGUUCCUGGAAUUGGUGUGAGUAGGAGCAAUGGUGGUGAUUAUUUUAUUGGUCCUGGACUUGAAGAAUUGUUUGAACAGCUUUCAGCAAACGACCGACGCGGACCACCCCCAGCAUCUAGAUCUUCAAUCGAUGCAAUGCCUGUUGUUAAAAUUACGCAAAGACACAUCCGUUCGAAUUCACACUGCCCUGUUUGCCAAGAUAAAUUUGAAUUAGGGUCUGAAGCUAGGAAAAUGCCAUGUGACCAUAUGUAUCAUUCGGAUUGUAUAGUUCCCUGGCUUGUCCAGCACAACUCCUGCCCUGUUUGCCGCCAAGAGCUGCCUGCACAAGGGUCAGGUGGCAGCCACAGCUCAUCUGGAAGCAACAAUCUUAAUCGAAACAGCCGAGAGAGGGAGAAUAGUAGGACAAAUCAAGGAAGGAGGAACCCAUUUUCAAGUUUAUGGCCAUUCCGAGCGUCGAGUUCUGACUCAAACCAUAGUGCGACCACUGGAAGCAGCUCGCCAGCCGUACAUGAGAGCACCCAACACCAAACAGGGUAUUCUGGAUGGCCUUUCGACUAGCGUGAACGGUGGUGUUUUCAUGAACUUGUUUGCACCAGUUUGUGAUCUUGUUGUUUAAAAUGAAGAAAGAUAGUUCAACCCCCUGCUGUCCACUCCUUUGUAUAAUGAUUAAUAAUGGACUUUGUGUGUGAUGUAGAUGACAUUUUUCUCUGCCUUAUCGAUGCUGCUGCAGUUUGUAUAUGGUUCAUAUGUAUUAGCUAUAUGCUGUUUCGGUUUA